AUGGAAGAGCUCGAGGACCGGCCGGCCUGUGGAGCCUGUCGCAAACGCAAGCUGCGCUGCUCGCGCGACCUGCCUCUGUGCAGCAACUGUCGCCGGGUGGGUACGGUGUGCACGUACGAUGCCAUUCGUGACAAGCCGGGGCUCAAGACCGGGGCUGUCGAAGCCUUGAGGCGGAGGAUUGAGGCCUUGGAAGACGCAGUCUUCGCGAAUGUAUCAGAACGUGUAGACCCCCAACCAAUCACCAGUCAGCCUCGCCAAGAGACGGCGCAAGAGCUGCUGGCGUUGCUGAUCACGCAGCUGCAGAGCUCCCGACGCAAACGGCCUUACACUGCUGUUGAUGAUGAUGAUGAUGACGAGGAGGAGGAUGGGGGUGAUGAUUACCCAAACGAAGUACCUCGCAAGACACCCAAACGCAUGCGUAUACAAGUGGACGAGCUUGACAAGCAUGCCAUUGGCACAUCUCUGCCCCCCGCGCGAGUCCUUCAGGCUGUCAUCGACCAAUACUUCGAGCUAAUCCAGCCGUGGAUCCCGAUCUUCCAUGAAGGACGCUUCCGCCGGCGGAUGAACGUCCCCGAGGAGCGGGCCCGGCUGGAGAUCGUCCUGCACGCCAUGGUGGUCGCCGCGCUGAAACAUGUGGACUGCAGCAUGCUGGGCUUGGGAGUGCUCGAGAUCGCCAAUAUCUGCGACCGGUCGCGCAAGAUCGUCAUCCUUACGGGGAUGGAUAAUCUGGAUGUCCAGAACCUGCAGGCUCUCAUCAUGGUCUGCUUCGCCGAUAUCGGUACAGGCCAGCUGUCUCGAGCGUGGCCCAUUGUCGGCUCCUUGACUCGCACAGUCGAGUAUCUGCAGCUGACGGUCGAGUCGGAGCACCACAGCAAGGGACCUCUGCUGCAGCCACGGCCGUCACUGCCUCCUGCCCAAGAUUGGCUGGAGGAGGAGGAGCGACGACGGGUGUUCUGGGUGAUCUUCAAUCUAGACAGUUGGAAUACCAGCUUGACUUCGAAUGAUGUUCACCGUCGCCUCCCCGCCGAUGGUGGGCUGUGGCACCACGGCGAGGUCGUCGUGACGCCCUUCUUUGGCAUCUGGGACAAGUCCGCCGGCAAGAUCGGCAAUCUGAUCGCCUUCCUGCCCGUAGACUACGACUCGACCGCCGAUCGGUCGCGAGACCUGCCGCGCCCUGACCCAGUCGACAUGUCGACUGUCGGGGCGUUUGCGUAUCGCGUCGAGGCCACCGAGUCGCUGAGCCGCGUGACGACGUUCUUCCUCCGGCAGGCGAUCAACCAUCAUGACCGCCAGGAGAUGAGCAGCUGGCUGAUGCGGUUCAAAGAGCUGGACGUGCGUUUGGUUAGUUGGAAACUCUUCCUCCCUCAGCGGUGGAAAGACUCCAACAUAUCACGCCAGCCGACAGUCGUGACGAUGGAUCCGAACCUAACCCUCGCCCACAUCACGCACAACACAUCGAUGAUCCUUUUGCAUCAGCGGAUCGCAUACCCGCCGCUCGAGUGGUUGGAGAUCGUCAAGCUGCCGACCCUGUCCAGCGCGGAGACGUGCGAGGCCGCCGCCGCCGAGACGGCCAACAUCACGCAAAAGUACCUGGACAACGCGGCCCAGAGCAUCGUUGACCAUCAGUUUGCCUUUUGCGUCUUUGUCAGUGCCCGCGUGCUGCUCGUCCACUGGCGGUACUAUCGGACGUCUCUCUCGCCGGACUUUUGGACCCUCAUGAAGGCUCUCGACACCAUGUCUGCGCGCUGGGGGGGUGCAGGCGCUCUCCCAGCAGCAGGGGUAGCAGGAGCAGCAGGAUGCAUGGUGGACAGUGAAACUCCCAGCGCUCGUCAGGAUCUGGCACAAAAGUACCUUGCCCAGCUGUGGGCCAUGUACCGUCGGUGCGAGAGUGACGAAAACCUCAAGCUCGACGUGCUGGGCUACUCGAAUGAAAUCGAAUGGGCGGCCGAAUCGGCCUCGCCCUCCCGUCAUGUUUUGGAUGCGCUGGGUGAUAAGUAUCUGCUGGGCACUGCAGUUACUUCUACAACGACGGGUUCGACAGCUACUGCUGCUCCUGCCGUCGAUCAUCCUGUGGGCGAGACACCGUUCAUGAUGCAUGCACAUCCACCAGAGAUGAGCUACACGGGGAGUAGUCCUGACCAACUCACCACUCUGACUUCCAGCUUAUUCGGACAGCAGUUCUCGGGCAUGGACCGGAUCAUCAGUUUGGAGAAUGCAGAUUUCGCCAAUGUAUUACCGAUGGCGUAG